GCAGCCCCCCGCGCGCCCGCCGCCUCCGUGCCGCCAGCCGCCUCGGCUGCAGCCUCGGAAGGGAGGCCGGGGGAGCCGGCGUGCGCACUUUCCCGCGGACUUUCGGAGUGUUUGUGGAUUUACAUGCCAAGCCAUCAAGAUGAUGUCCAUGAACAGCAAGCAGCCUCACUUUGCCAUGCAUCCCACCCUCCCUGAGCACAAGUACCCGUCUCUGCACUCCAGCUCCGAGGCCAUCCGGCGGGCCUGCCUGCCCACGCCGCCGCUGCAGAGCAACCUCUUCGCCAGCCUAGACGAAACGCUGCUGGCGCGGGCCGAGGCGCUGGCGGCCGUAGACAUCGCCGUGUCCCAGGGCAAGAGCCACCCGUUCAAGCCGGACGCCACGUACCACACGAUGAACAGCGUGCCCUGCACGUCCACGUCCACCGUGCCGCUGGCGCACCACCACCACCACCACCACCACCACCAGGCGCUGGAGCCCGGCGACCUGCUGGACCACAUCUCGUCGCCCUCGCUCGCGCUCAUGGCCGGCGCAGGCGGCGCGGGGGCGGCGGGCGGCGGCGGCGCCCACGACGGCCCGGGGGGCGGCGGCCCGGGGGGCGGCGGCGGCCCCGGGGGCGGCGGCCCCGGGGGCGGCGGCGGCGGCGGCCCCGGGGGCGGCGGCGGCGGCCCGGGCGGCGGGCUGCUGGGCGGCUCGGCGCACCCGCAUCCGCACAUGCACGGCCUGGGCCACCUGUCGCACCCGGCGGCGGCGGCCGCCAUGAACAUGCCGUCGGGGCUGCCGCACCCCGGGCUGGUGGCGGCGGCGGCGCAUCACGGCGCGGCGGCAGCGGCGGCGGCGGCCGCGGCCGGGCAGGUGGCGGCGGCGUCGGCGGCGGCGGCCGUGGUGGGCGCGGCGGGGCUGGCGUCCAUCUGCGACUCGGACACGGACCCGCGCGAGCUCGAGGCGUUCGCCGAGCGCUUCAAGCAGCGGCGCAUCAAGCUGGGCGUGACGCAGGCCGACGUGGGCUCGGCGCUGGCCAACCUCAAGAUCCCGGGCGUGGGCUCGCUCAGCCAGAGCACCAUCUGCAGGUUCGAGUCGCUCACGCUCUCGCACAACAACAUGAUCGCGCUCAAGCCCAUCCUGCAGGCGUGGCUCGAGGAGGCCGAGGGCGCGCAGCGCGAGAAAAUGAACAAGCCCGAGCUCUUCAACGGCGGCGAGAAGAAGCGCAAGCGGACUUCCAUCGCCGCGCCCGAGAAGCGCUCCCUUGAGGCCUACUUCGCGGUACAACCCCGGCCCUCGUCCGAGAAGAUCGCCGCCAUCGCCGAGAAACUGGACCUCAAAAAGAACGUGGUGCGGGUGUGGUUUUGCAACCAGAGACAGAAGCAGAAGCGGAUGAAAUUCUCCGCUACUUACUGAGG